UUCAUAUUAUACCCUUGCUAUGCUUGGUUUCAUGGUUUCUCACUUUCUCUUUCUUUAAUUAAUUAAUAUUAAUAUAUAUAAUAAUACAAGCAUCUCCGAUGGCGGAUUCUUUUUGCAUUACUCCAUUGCCUAUUUGCUUUCUACAUAAGGCACUGUUUCUUCUCCGGAAAAAUCGUUACAUAAUCCAUUUCUCGAGUUAAUUGGGAAAUCAAUCUAAUUCCUUUGAUUGAUUCGAUGAUGCGAUUUUUUGGGAUUUUUGUUUGGAGAGACGCUAUCUGAGUGUAGUAAUAGAAAGAGGUGAAGUGAAAUACGAAGAGACAGAUGGAUAUAACGGAGAUAUCGAUAAUCCAUCAUGUGGGCAUUGUACUGUUUUUGCUUUGGUUGCUUUCUUUCUUCAAUCGAUGCCACCCAGUUGCCUACUUCAUUUCUUUGAUAUAUCUUUUUGCGGUUCACGAGAGGUAUGUUAUGAGAUUGAGGAGGAAAUUGCAGUUCCAUGAAAGAAAGCAAGCCAAUCAGAAAAGAGUGCUCUCUGAUUCUGAAACUGUUCGUUGGUUGAACCAUGCUGUGGAAAAGAUAUGGCCCAUUUGUAUGGAGCAUAUUGCAUCGCAGAAGAUUCUACUCCCAAUUAUACCUUGGUUCUUGGACAAGUAUAAGCCAUGGACCGCUAAAAAGGCUGUGGUUCAACACAUGUAUUUGGGAAGAAACCCGCCAAUGUUCACAGAAAUGAGGGUUCUUCGCCAAUGUUCCAGUGAUGACCACUUGGCAUUGGAAUUGGGAAUGAACUUUUGCACGGCAGAUGAUAUGAGUGCAAUACUUGCUGUCAAGUUAAGGAAAAGGCUGGGAUUUGGAAUGUGGGCAAAGUUGCAUAUGACAGCCAUGCAUGUUGAAGGGAAGGUCUUGAUUGGAGUGAAGUUCCUUCGCCACUGGCCUUUCCUUGGCCGUUUGAGGGUAUGCUUUGCUGAGCCACCUUAUUUCCAAAUGACUGUCAAACCCAUCUUCACUCAUGGGCUUGAUGUUACUGAACUUCCAGGAAUUGCUGGAUGGCUAGACAAGCUUCUGUCAGUUGCUUUUGAGCAGACACUCGUUCAGCCCAACAUGCUAGUUGUGGAUGUGGAGAAAUUUGCUUCAGCAGAGCCAGAAAGUUGGUUCUCUGUGGAUGAGAAACAACCCAUUGCUUAUGCCAAAGUUGAAGUUGUGGAAGCAUCUGACAUGAAACCAUCUGACUUAAAUGGUUUGGCUGAUCCAUACGUUAAAGGACAACUUGGCCCUUACAAAUUCAGGACGAAGAUACAAAGGAAAACUCUGGCUCCAAAAUGGCAUGAGGAAUUCAAUAUCCCCAUUUGCACAUGGGAUUUGCCUAAUGUGCUAGCUAUUGAAGUUCGUGAUAAGGACCAUUUUGUUGAUGAUUCUCUUGGGGAUUGUACCGUUAGCAUCAAUGAUCUUAGAGAUAGUGAGAGACAUGACAUGUGGUUGCCACUCCAGAAAAUUAAAAUGGGGAGACUGCAUCUCGCAAUAACUGUUAUUGAAGAAAAUAUAAAGGGGGGUGCUAAUUUUUUUCAUGGAGAAACACUGAGCAAGGGAGAAAUGAGAGAUUCCUUUGUAAGUGAGACUGCAAACAAAGCUUCCUUCUCAUCAUCCGCAACAUCAGAUAAGUCUUCAAGAGUGCUAGAUAAUUUUGAGCCUAUCAACAUUGAAGGGCAACAAGAAACUGGGAUAUGGGUCCAUCAACCUGGAAGUGAAGUGUCACAAACUUGGGAGCCUAGAAAAGGGAAGAGUAAGCGCCUUGAUAAUCAAGUGGAUGGAGUUCCUGGUGAUUCAUUUGGUAGAACUCAUUCAACAACUUCCGGACCCCUUAACAAUGAGAGUAGCAGUGCUGAUGAAAACACAGAGGGUAAAAGUCCAAUGAACAAAGUCCGGCAGGGUUUACAUAAGAUUAGUUCAGUAUUUCAUAGAGGUACUAAAAAUGAGGAAAGUUUGGGCAGCAAUGAGGAGACUGUUCCAUCUCCUUAUGCUAACAUUAAAGCAGUUAAUCAGAAGGAGAUUGGUGUGAAUUUCAUAGUGGAAGACAGCCUUCCUAAGCCCACAGUGGUUAAGAAUGCAAAAGAAGUUAUCUUGAGUCCUGAGGGAAGUGGGUCAGAAAGUCCAGGGAAGGGAAAUGUCAAAGACAAGGCGAAGAGUUUUUUAAAACGUGCUGAGAAGUCUGCUCGCAACAUAAAGCAUGUGCUUUCCCGAAAAAGGUCAAGAAAACCUCGAAGUGGUGUAUCUGAUGUAACAGAACUAGAAAUAUCUCUUGAGUCUGAUUCUUCUGAUGAUGAAUCUCAUACAUCCCCUGAAGUUCAAAGAAUCCCAGUCGUUUCCAGUUCCACAUCCUCCAGUUAUGGCAGUGACCAUUAUGAUAAAAUCAAGGAGAAUGUUGUCGAGGCUGGUUCAAGUGAGUUCGCAGUGGAUGCUGAGGACCAAAUGAAGGUAAAUGUGGAAGGCCUGGGGAGAAUAGACGAGAACGAGGUGGCCAACUCUAAUGGUGGUAAUGGUAAUGGACUGGAGGAGUUGUCAAAACCUCAGCAAACUGAAAAGAAAUUGGAUGGUAAUGGACCAGAGGGGUUCACAAACUCUCGGUUGUCUGAAGAGAAAUUGGAAGGAGAGAUGGGGUCAGAUGCUGAAAAUAUUCAUAAUACAAGUUUGGGAUAGUCUUAGUACAGCAAAACAGGGUAUGGUAUGAGUACUUAUGAUUUUAUAUUUUUUUAAUUACUUGUGUAAUAAUUUUCAUGAAUGUGAAGUAGUUUGUACUUUAUAGAAGCAAUUUCAUUUUGUAAAUUUCCCGGAGUUUUUCCUAGGUUGUGUUAAGUUAAAAUUGUACUCGGAAAUUCUCUCAAUACAAGGAGUCUACCUUCGCUUAGAA